AUGAUUUUUGCUUUGCCUGUUGUAUUGACUAUAGCUAACAUAGCAGUCUUCGCAGAGUCUUUGUGUGUGGAUCAGUUCCCAUUGCGGGAAACUUCUAAUAUCAUCAAAAGAAUUGUAGAAAAAUACGCUAAAACUGUAAAUAGUACAGAUGGAGAUGAGACAUGGAUAAAUCAUCUGUUACUACGGAGUAGUUCAGGUUAUGAGCUGGAUGGCGUCACAUAUUACGUGAACGAUAACCAUUUGAAUCCGGAGAAUACGUUUUACUUCGACUCUCUUCGUUUUCUCAAGUUCCCGGCAUAUGUAGUGGAAAAUCAGGAUAUGAUAGAAAGUUGGCGAGCAAGCCAUCCUGAUAACACAUAUUCCUUAUCGAAAAUAUCUUUGAAUUGUCCCGCUAACAACAGAGCUUGCGGACUAAAAUGUUGUCCGAGCAUUUUCUAUGAAGUGAUGGACGGUAUCCAGAAAAAUCUUCUAACUCAUAAGAAUGUCACUAACGGAACUAUGCUGUUCAAAGGAGUUACAUAUUCUUUGCUUCCACCAAAAGAGGAGGAACCCGUUUGUGAAUAUCAAGCCUCAUACUAUGAUGUUCCAUUAAGAUCAAAUCUGAACAGGUUUUCAAAAAUCUAUUUCACCUGCGGCAGUGUUGACGAGUGCUGUGGAUUGGUGUGUCUGGAAAGACCUAGGCAAGAGCAAAUCACGCAAACGAGUCAUUACAAGGCUAAUGUUUUGAAAAAACAUCAUAUCUAUUCCGCUUCAGUUUUUCUGUUCUUAGCCUUCUUGCUCAUUGUGACCAUUGCAUGCAGAAGAAAGAACACUUUCAAUGAUAUUGAAUCCACCAGAAGCAGUAUGGAGAGAUUCUUGAAAGAAGAAGCAUAA